UUUGAUGCAGGAACAUAAGGUGAUUGAUUAUGAGGAGAAAGUGGCGGAUGGGUUUGAUGAUGCUUAUGUCAUCUCCACUGACUCAAGACUCCAAGGGACAAACUUCAUGUCGAUGGAUUCAGCAGGCCCCAGUUCAUCAAUGGAUAGUACUACUGAUAAAGUAGUUGAUGAUGUUAAUGUUGGUGAUGAGAUUCAAUGGGAAGAUUUGGACAUUGAUGAAUUGAUCGGACAAGGCUCUUAUGGAAAGGUCUAUCAUGCUUCCUGGAAUGGCACGGACGUGGCUGUGAAGGAAUUUUGGGAUCAGGAUGACUUCAGACAAGAAGUGCGAAUAAUGCGUGGACUGCGUCAUCCAAAUGUUGUUCUUUUCAUGGGUGCUGUGGCCCGUCCUCCGUCUAUUAUUAUGGAGUUUCUUCCAAGGGGAAGCUUGGACGGAUAUAUACAUCGUCCUGACUGUCCAAUUGAUGAGGAAUGUAGGAUAAAUAUGGCCCUUGAUGGGGCAAGGGGAAUGAAUUACUUGCACACACGUGUCCCAACAAUAGUUCAUCGAGAUUUGAAAUCAUCAAAUCUUCUCGUCGACCAAAACUGGAAUGUCAAAGUUUGUGAUUUUGGGUCGUCACACCUGAUGUCCGAUACUUCCUUGUCAUCCAAGUCAACCGCUGGAACGCCUGAGUGGAUGGCACCAGAAGUUCUCCGCAAUGAACCGUCGAAUGAAAAAUGUGACGUCUAUAGUUUUGGGGUCAUUCUCUGGGAGCUUGCCACGUUGAGAAAACCCUGGACUGGGAUGAACCAAGUGCAGGUUGCAGAUGCCGUAGGUAUUCAAAAUCGCCGCCUCGAGAUCCCCAGAGAAGUCGAUCCCCUGGUUAGAAAGAUCAUCUCGGAAUGUUGGCAGACGGAUCCAAAUUCGCGGCCCUCUUUUGCACAGCUCAUUGUAUCUCUUGAGUCCGUGCAGCGGCUUGUAAUUCCUUCUUGA